AUGACUGGGUUUCGUUUGUCUUAUGGUGGAGCUCAGGAGUAUUUUAGCAUAACUCCUGAUUUAACUACAAUCGCGAAGAUUAUUGGAGGUGGGUUUCCAGUCGGUGCAUAUGGAGGAAGAAGGGAGAUUAUGGAGAUGGCGGCACCAGCGGGACCAAUGUACCAGGCGGGGACCCUCGGUGGAAACCCACUGGCAAUGACUGCAGGAAUUCAAACUCUCAAGAGGCUGAAGGAGCCAGGAAGUUAUGACUACUUAAAUAAGAUCACAAGUGAACUUAUUCUGGGUAUUUUGGAUGCUGGAAAGAAGGCAGGGCAUGCAAUACGUGGUGGUGANUCUCUCUCUCUCUCUCAAAGACUGACUAGAUCGUCGGAGGGGAUACGCCGAAAAACACUCCGGCGCCCUUCUAACUUGUUCUUCUUUGUUCCAGGAACCCCUUUCAGCCUUACUGGAUCGUUCUUCCACUCCCCUAGGGUCUCUCGUUCCCGUUCCAGGUUACCACCGGACCUCGCAGGCUAUCCCAAGCAGCGUGGUUGGUCACUCAACCGAAUCUUGCACGCACAGACCCUUACUGCNGAGUAUGUAAGUGGGAUGUUUGGAUUCUUUUUCAACGAAGUGCCUGUUUAUAACUUUGGGGAUGCGAAGAAGAGUGACACCUCAAAGUUUGCAAGUUUUUAUAGAGGAAUGCUGGAGGAAGGUGUUUACUUUGCACCCUCCCAGUUUGAGGCUGGAUUUACUAGCUUAACGCAUACUUUUGAGGAUAUCCAACAAACAAUAGCAGCUGCUGAGAAGGUUUUCCGUCAACUCUAA